AUGUCAAACCAUACUCAUAAUAGCAUACAAGAAAAACCUUCAAAGAUACCAAAGGAAGUAAGAAAAAUAACACGGGAAUUAUUUGAAUUGAAUUUGAAACCGAAAACAAUAAUCGAAGUACUUCAUGAACGUGGAAUAAUAUUACCAAGCAUUAGUCAAUUAAAUAAUUUUUUAAGAACUAUUAAGAGUACAAAACUUAGUCCAACUUCAAUUAGUCUUGGUGAAAUUGAACAAUGGUGUCUAGAAUCAAGUCAAUCAAUUCCAGAAUCACAUGAUACUCCUUUUGUUGUAUCAUACCAAAUUAUUUAA